AUGACUGUUCAAUCAAAAUCUAUUCCUAUUCAACAAACGUCUCAAUCUUUUCCAGCAUUUUUGUUGGCACUUUACCUUCAACAAUUAACUAUACAUCCUUUGAAGACAAAAGCGAUAACUUCCGGGGUGUUAUCGGGUCUUCAAGAACUUGUCGUAAAGAUGGCCUUGUACGGUUUCUUAGUAAGCGGACCCCUUAAUCAUGUGCUUUUUGAAGCACUUAACAAGAUAUUUAGACAUCGUACCGGAGCUGGUGCAAAAUUUUUACAAAUUCUGGCAUCUCAAUUAAUUAUCACACCAAUUCAAAAUACCGUUAUUGCAGGCGUUAAUACUCCAGCACAAAUUCAAAAAACCGUUAAAAAAGCUCUUUUGCCAAUUAUGAAAAUGAGUUGGAUCGUUUCACCAUUAGCAAUGGGUUUCGCUCAGAAAUUCUUACCUCCACAGUUAUGGGUACCAUUCUUUAAUAUCGUUGGAUUUGUUUUUGGUGUUAUAGCUAAUACUAAAGCGAAAAGGAUUCAACAACAAAAAAGUCACGAUAACAGAGAUCAAGACGAACGGGAAAGUCAAAAUUGA